UCGAACAACAACAAAGAUGCCGCUUAACUUGUUCGGGACAAGCUUUUCUCCGGGGAAAUCACCUCCCAGACGGUCUGUGUCCCUGUCCAGUCUACGAAGGGAGAGUGAUAAAUCAGGCCAGGAUCUCUCGCAGGAAUUCAACAAAAUAAAACUGAACAUUGGCGGUCAAAAUGCUACGUUCGAGGAUGGAGAAUGGGUGUCAGAGGGAAGUUCAAAAGGUCGUGUCAGUAAUCGAGAAGUGGCACGCCUUCGUCAACAGAACCAAGUGCUCUUGGAAGAAAACAACUUACUUAAGUUAAAGGUGGAACUUCUUCUUGACAUGCUAACAGAAAAGUCAGCAGACACUUUGAUUAAAGAAAAAGAAAUAAUGCGGCUUAAGUCAAGAUCAAAGGAUGGAUGAUUUAUGGAUACAUUGUAUGUUGUUGUUGAUACUGCUCUUUUGAAGGUUGCUUGUGAAACUUAUAUUAAUAAUGAUAAUAAAAAAAAAUUCUGGUAGGAAACUGUAGUAAAAUUGGCUAAUACUGUUUUCCAAAGGCAUAAUCAGAAAAAUAGCUGAUAACCUCUUUAGACUUUCCAUUUUCAACGAGUACUUUGAUAUCAUUAGUUUUACAUGCUGCUUGUAUAGCUGGUCAAACUGGUAUGUAUUUUAUGCCGUAUUAAAUUUUCAAGUUUAAUGAAAUCUGGACUUAUUCUCAAGGGUCUCUGUGGCUUAACUAGUUAUAUGUCAUUAUUACCCUUUUCACCAAAGAGAUAUUUCAUGCAUUGUCUUAUGACUAACCCAACUGAAUAACAGAGCAGCUAUGAAUUUUAAUUUAUUCUGGUAAAAUUUUCAUAGGACUGACUGUUUAGUUUAAUAGCCUGAUGCAAUGUUAGACUUUUAAUCAUGGCUGCGAAUUACUUUUAUUCAAGACCUUUAACGUAUGCUAGAUAUUUGUUGUACAGCCACAUUUUCUAAAGAAACUUUAUAUUUAUUUAAUUUAGUAUAACUGUAAUCAGUCACAAGUCUCCCACCUUAGGCAAGGUAUAACACUUGAUUGGUAAACAUGACUUAUUCCUCUGUAUGUGUAUAUGUGUGAGUAUGUGGGUGGGUGGGUGGGUGUGUGAGUGCGUGCAUGUGUGUGUGUAUAUGUGUGUGGAGUGUGCAUUGUAGGUGGGUAUAUAUGUGUUUGUAGGGGUGGGGAGAGCAUGCCUGUACAUGCAGGCAUAAGUGCAUGUGUGUAUGCAUGCAUGUAUGUGAGCAUAUGUGCAUGAGCUUUAGUAUGCUUUCAUGAAGGUAUGUGCAUUAGAAAGAGAGAGAGAGAGAGAGAGAGUGUGUGUGUGUGUGUGUGUGCGCGUGUGUGUGUGUGUGUGUUUGUGUGUUUGUGUGUGUAAGUGUAAGUGUAAGUGUAAGUGUGUGCACAAAUGCUUAUAUGUAUGCAUGUGCAUAAUAAAAUAAAUGAGUGAAUGUGGGUGUGAAGCUUAGUGUGAGUGUAAGUUGUAAAUAUUUAUGUAUACAAAUAUUCACACAUACUGCCUAUUCACAGUUUUCAUAGUCAUAUCAUACUAAGCUAUUGAUGAUUUAAAACCUAUAAAUGACUUUUUAAACUGCCUUCAUUGUUUAUUUUUCAAUAAAUACUUUUUUAUUCA